CUACCGGACACCGACACGGGAUCGGGGCACUCGGGGGCAAGUGGGGUGUAUGUGUGUGUGUGCGUGCGAGUGAGCGUGCGUGCGUGCAUGCGUGUGAACCACUCGACCUUGGCGCUGCAGACGGACCUUCAUCACGCAUGACGCCAGUCAACAUCGGUUGGCAUCAACCCAACGUUUGCAAAAUCUCCACAACAACAGACCGCGUAUUGUCCUUUUGAACCGUCCGCACCGACGCUUACCAGCCUCUCGCCCUUCUCGAUUGUCAAUUCCUCCAAACCCCCGACCCCUUGGGUCAGAACUACCGGCUGUAACCCCCAGACCUCGAAUCGAGGCAACGUCCUACCCAGUCCCGGACUCGACAUACCUAUCCGAACCGUGGCGCAACCGCUCCCUUGCAUCGUCCUCACUAGACACAAGAGACCGCGCCCUCAGCUGGCACAACUGCCUCAUCGCCGUCAUGUCCCAAAAGGCCAUAUCGCAACGAGGCAGCGAGACCGAGGUCAAAUCAUGGGGAUUCCCCCACGUCUUUACCUGGACCGACGGACCAAAUGCGCACUAUCCCCCGCACUCGCAUCGCGGUCUGACAACCCAUCUGAUCCUCCGCGGCGACCUGACCAUCACGUACCCCAACGACGAGAGGCCCGAGAAGGUUACCUAUGGCGUUGGUGACCGUAUUGAUGUCGACGCCGGCCGCGUGCAUGAGGUCUGGAUUGGCGACAAGGGCUGCACCUAUGUCAUUGGGGAGUGAGACGCAUGCUCCGUGGUUUGAUAUCCGACGAUGCCGGCCACUGUACGCGUUAAAGUCCGCGAUCAAGGAACCCGGCCAUGCUUCUGUGCUUUCAGACGCGAAGAAAUACAAGUCCUCCCUCCGGCUUCGACGCUCAACCCGAAACCCCCCCACCGAGCAGAUUUGUUAGUCUUCGCCUGUGCGGCACCAUCUGUCCCGGCGAAGCCGUUGAAUCUGCGACAGGGCGGAGACUCCUGCAACGGCCAGGCUGCACACGUAACAUGUAGUGGUUGAACCGCGAACUUGACCGAGUUGAACUUUGUUCGAUCCCAACACGUGCCCCAGACAUGAGCUUUCCAGAUCCAACUUGGACCGCUGAACACUCGGCCAGAGCUUUAGUCCCUUUCCUUUUCGGCCUCGAGGCACCGGAUGGGGCCACCAAAGCCUCGCUGUCAACAAGAAAGUUGCCAUGGCCUUCUCAUCUCCAGUCCACCGCUGUCUCUUGCCGUCGCUGUUUGAUCCACAACCGCGCUGGAGAAACCUCGUUGACGUCGGAAGGAAGGUCGGUCAAGCCUGUGUAAGGCACGACGACUUCGGUCAACUUGCACACGAAUCCAUGCUCUGGUAAACCCGCCGAAGGGGACUCCUGCCUGACAAGCCCUUGGGUGACUGGUUGGGGACAGGCAGGACACGCUCAAGCUUACAUAAAUCAUUAUGAAUAGAACCUAUGCUUCUGUGGUGA